AUGAACAAAUAAAAAGAAUAAAACAUCUUAAGGAAAUAUAUACAAACAAACUUAAGGAUGCUAAUAGUUAUUCAUUAAAAGUAGUAAAUUAUUUAUUAGACUCUCAAAUAUGUAUUUUUUAUUUUUGGAUAAUUGCAGAGCGCAUUUUUCUACUUAUAUCCCUGUUAUAAUGCCAAUUUGAGAAUAUAUAAUAAAUUUAUAUUGAUUUACUUGAUAAGACCAGACUUAAUAUUGAUUGAUAAUUAGAUGAUUGGUUUAGAAAAUAAAUAUUUAUUUUUACUUCCAUUGAUGUUUUGGUUAUUUUUUGACAUUUUAAUUUAACAAGGAUAAGUAUUUUAUUAGAUGUUCAAUAGAAAAUAUAGUGAUAAUCAAAGCAAUUAAAUUGAGAUUUCAGGGUCUUUUUAAAAAAUGGUAAUUAAUUUAAAAUCGAUAUAUUCUCAAUUAUUUAUAAUUUACUUUUAUAUUCCAGCUCAAGUGAUGUCAUUUACAUCAUUUGGAGUUUCUAAAGGAAUCAUGAACAUUGAUAUAUCAAUUUUUAGUAUUAUAACUAUUAUAUUAACUGGAAUUAAUCAAGCUAUUAAUCUAUAUAUUAGCAACACUUGUUUAGAUUUAACUAUUAGAGGUUUUGAAAGACUUUACUUUACUAAAUUUGAUUUUUUUAGAGAACUUUUUAUUUUAAUUUAGUUAAUUCUUUAUGGAAUCUUAAAUGAUUUUGAGAAUGCCUAAAUUGUAUAAGCAAUUCUCACACUAUUUGUAAGUUUAAGUUACAUCUGUAAUGUAUUAAUUGAUAAAUCCAUUAUUAUCGAGCCUUUCUCUUAGAUUAUUUUAAUUGUACACAUCAGUUUGAUUUCAAUAAUUACAACAGAUUUGUUAUAAUAAUGGCAAUUAGGUUUAAUUUUAAUACCAUUAGGCAUUUCGAUAAGUUGCACAUAUCGUAGCUAAAUGAUAUAAGAUUUGUUUCAAGGUAUUAGAUUAGAAAAAAAUGUUUUAAAAAUUAUUCAAUAUAUAUCAUAUUAGAUUAAUAAUAAAUAAAGAAGUUUUGAAAGGAUAGACUAGGUAUCAUAAGCAAUUUUACUCUUUUAACAUAGGUAAAAAUGCAAUGAAUAAAUUUGUCAUUGUAAUUCAAUCGAAAAUAACACAGAUAAUCCUAUAAAUGUUUUAUUUUUAUCAUAAAAACUUUAGAAAAAAUUUAUUAUUUAAAAAAUUAAACAUUGGAAUAAAGAAUUAAAUUAAAAGAAGGAUAUUUCAUCAAACAAUUCUUGUGUAUUUUAUAUUAGUGCAUUAAAUCAUUAUGGCUUUACAACUUUAGCUUUUUAAGAGUGUAAUCGUUUAUUAUCAUUAUCAAUGCAUUAAAAUAGAGGAUUUUUAAGUCACAGUGAUGUAAAUUCCUAUUCUUAAAGUCAUCAAUAAAGUAUUCCUUCUUAAUCUUCUGAAUCACAGAAAAAAGUUAAUCAAGCAAAGUUAUAGGAACUUAAUGCUAAAUCUAUCGAAAAAUAAUAAAAAAUAAAAUUAAAUGUUCGAAACAACUUUUUAGAUUUAUUAACAUAAAUUAAAUUGAAAAUCAUCAGCAAAGAUAUUCGAUUAGAAUUAUAGAAUAAUUUUUUAAAACAAUAAACCAAACAACAAGAAGAAAUUGCAGAUGCAAUAGAAUUAUAUUUAUAAAGUGAAUAAUAAAAUUAGAUUGUUAAACAUAAGAUUCUAAAAUGCUUACAAUAAAAAUUUUAGUUUUAUAAUAUGAUUCUUAAUAAAAAAGGAUUAAGAUCCCAAUAAUUAUUUGAUAAUGCAAAAAUAUUAUCAAAUUUAUUUUACUAAGUAGAAAAAGAACUUUUAUACUAAUAUUCAUAAUUUCCAAGUUAAAAAAUUUAGUCUAUUAAUUGUUUUUUUUAAUCUGAGAUUCUGAAUAAUUAUUUAUCGGCAUUUAAAUUGUCAAAUUUCAGUACUAUUGCUGAUGAUAAAUUAAUUAAUAUGAAAAAGAAUUUAAAAAUUAAUUUGUUUGGUAAAAAUGUAGUUUAUAUGAUAUUAUAUUUAUCAGAUAAUUUGUAGACUUUGAUGAUAUCUUAAUUUAGUAAUAAUACUCAUUAAUUUUUAUAAUAAAAUUAUGAAGAAUUUACAAAAAAAAAUAAAACUAUUGACUAAAUUUUACCAUUAGCAUUAAGAAAUGAGCAUUACAUGUUAGUAUAAAGAUUUAUGAAUGAUGGUAAAGGCAAAUACUUUAGAAAUAUUGAUAUUAGUUUUCUUGAAUUACCAAAUGGAUUUUUAAAACCUUUCAAUUUAAUUAUUGACAUAGUAUUAAAUUAAACAGAACAUUUAUCAUUUGCAGCAUUUUUUGAAGAUGUUUCUCUUGGAAACAGUUACAUUUUGGUUGAUGUUAAUGGUGUAUGUGGAGGUAUCACUGCAAAUCUUUUGGAAAGAUCUGGUUGGAAGGGUUCAGAAAUUAAAUAAAAUUCAAAAUUAAUUAAUGCAUCCUAUUAGAUAGAUAUUAAUUUAAUUAUACCAGAUUUUAAUGAAUUAAAAUUGUCUUAAAAAGAAAUAAAACUUUAUAAUGUUUAAAUAAAUUUAUUAAAUAAAAAAUUGUUGAUCGGGUAAGAAUCUCGUACGCUUUUAAAUUUUCAUGAUAUAUGGAAACAUCUUGGAAAUUUAAUUGCUUAUCGAGGGACUAUCAUAAUAUCAAGUAGAGAAUUAUAUGGAUAUUAUUAUUAUGUAAUUGAAAUUGAAGAUUUAAGAUAGAAUUAAACAUCAUCACAUAUGUCUAAUUCUGAUGGAAAAGGAAUGACAACAUAAAAUAAUGAUCUUGAUAAUACAAAUGAAAUUGAAAUUAGCGAAUUAGAAGUAUCACAGCCUGAAGCAUUAAUUAAUAAACCGUAGUCCUUAAAUAUUUUUUAAUAAUCUUUAACUGAAAUUUAGUAAGAUAUCGAGAAUAAUUAAAAUUUCAAUCAUUCAAUGCAUUUAGGGUUAUCUUAACAUUUAGUUAUUAAUAGAUAAUCUUUUGUUGAGAAUUUGAUAAAAUUGAAUUAAACCUUUAAUGAAUAAUCGUUUGAUAAUAAUAAAAAUAUAGAACAUAAUAAUGUUGUAGAUAUUAAUCCAAAUUAAAGUAUUCGAAAGUUGAUUGAUACAAGCAAGUCCUUUGGUUAACAGAAAUUCUUUAAUUAAGAGAUAUAAGAUUUAGAUUAAUCUAAUAGCAAAUUAAGUGAAGGACUUCAAAAUUAGAUGAAGGAUGUAAAUUAAUUAUAUGAUGUGGAUUUAAAUAAAAUUGACAAAGAAAUGAGAGAGAAUAUAUAAAUGUAACUUCAAUUAGAAAUAGAUUAGAAAAAUUAACCUAAUUAACAAAUAGAUGAUGCUGCUUCUUAGGUUUCUUCAUUAAUUGGCUUAAAGAAAUCUUUAUUCUAUAAAAAGUAUGAAUUAAUAAAUGGGAUUAUAGAUAGCAUUUUCAAGCCUACCUCUUAUAAAUUAUGUCAUACAUUAUUCUUCCUUUAAUUAAUUUUGAUUGCUACUUAUUGUAUAAUAAUAUUAUAAAACUUGAACACUGACUUUAAUAGAUUUAUUUAAGAAGUGGAUAUGUUAUUAUUUAGUUAUAGUUUUAUGACUCCUUUUGACAUAUUUUUAGCUUUAAGGUUUUCUACUGUUUAUUACCAAUUAUAAGUUCCUUCUCAAAUGACUGCAGCUGAGAAUACUGUAUUCUCUGCUUGGCUAUCUAAUCAUUUAGGAGAGGGAUAUGAUGAUAUGAAGUAGAAUUUUCUAGAAUAAUUCUCGAAUCCAUAAUUACUAGAAUUCUUUACAGAUUAAGAUUUCGAUGUUUAAUUUAUGAAGGAAAAUUCAACUUCUAUGGAAAUAAAGACUCUAUCAUUUAGAGAAACUUUAAAUGUAUUAUUGUAAUAUUAAUAUCAAUUUAAAAUUGCCUAUUUAAAAAAGACUUCUCUAACUAAUUAACCAUUUUCGGCUUAUCCAUAUUUCAAUUAUUUAAAUUUACAUGACAAGUUUGAUAACAUGACCAAUGAUAUAUUAGAUUAUACUAAAUAAAGAAAAAGCAUUGUUUAAGAAAAUUGGUAAACUAUUUGGAUUCCAUUUUUAGUUUUGGAUUUUGUUUUAAUGAUUGCUACUUAUUAUUAUUAUAAACAGUAUUUGUCUAUUUAUGAAAGCUUUUUAAAUUUAUUUAAAUUUACUGAUGAAAUUUGGUUAAAUAGAGAUAUGGAAAGGUUUAAAAUUUUGAUUAAUAUUUUAACUAAAAAUUCAGAUGUUAUGUUUAAAUAUCAAUUUGAUUUAGAAUAAAAAGAAAAAUUUAUGAUGGCUGAAAAGUAUAAAAAAGAAUCAAAAGUUAUACAUGAUUUAAAGAAGAAAAAAAAUUAUCAAAAUUAUGAUAAACUCUCAUCAAUUUAUGGACUUAUUGGAAUUUCAUUUGUUUUUUCAAUAUUCUUUAUACCUGCACUACUAAUUUAAUUAUAAACAAAUAAUUAUCUAUUUAAAUAUGUGAACACAGCUGAUUUUUAUAAAUUUACUGGAGAUCUCUGCUUUUAAUUACCAGGAAUGUUUUCAUAAAGACAAUUUUUAUAUUGGUGGUCAUUUUAUAAUUUGGAUGUAAAUGAUAAACCUAGAAUGAUAAAUAGAUUAUUUAAUGGAAUAGAAAAUCUAAAAUAAUUUGAUGAGCAUGUACAACAAUUUAAUUAAGAUGAUUAUUUAACAACUAAAAGUUUUAUAGAUAAAUUAAAUUUGCUAACAAAAAACCCUGUCUGUAAAUUUUUUUCAGGUAAUUAAUAUAAUGAUUAUUCCUUUUAUUGUUCAAGAUCUUUUGAUGGAGCUUUAGAUAUGGGUUUGAAUCAAGCAUUAAUGUAUGCAGCAAAUCAAUAUAAAGUGACAUUUGCAUUAAAUAAUUUUACUUCAAUUGUACAAUAUUUUAGAUAUGAAGCAGAAGGAAUGUACAUCAUGGUUAAAGGCUUGAUUGAAUUAGUAACUUCACUUAAAGAAGCUUUACUAUAAGCUACUUAUUCUCAUAUGAAUUAAAUUGUUGGGUUAAGUGUAUUUUUGUUAGUUUUUCAAUUUUUCUUAUUUUUCCUCUAGUUUUUUAUACUUCAUAAAUACUAUAGUGAGGAAUAUAAUUUAGUGAAAAGAUACAUGUUAUUAUUACCAUCAUCAACAUUAUUAUUGGAUGACAACUUUGAAAGAAACAUUAGAAUAUUCUAUGCAUAAUAUUAAAUAUGA